UUCGAGAGCGGUGCAGCGACGAAUUACAUCAGUCGUGGAAAAGCGUUGAAGAAGCUGCAGCUGCCACUGAAGGAUUUCCGUCGUCUGUGCAUCUUCAAGGGCAUUUAUCCGCAUGAACCGCUGCACAAAAAGAAGAUGUAUGAUGGAAUUCUUUUUUCCAAAUGUUGUCACUUGUCAUACAUUUUUCAGGUAUUUUUGCGAAAAUUAGCAACCGCAAAAGGCAAACGAGAGGAGGAUCGUGUCAAAAAACUCUACGAACGACGACCCGAAUAUCAGUUGGACAAUAUCGUCAAAGAAAGAUAUCCGACAUUUGAAUCGGCUUUACGUGAUCUCGAUGAUGCGCUCUGUGUGCUCUUCGCAUUUGCCGUUUUACCGCACACGAAAAUAAUCACCACAGCCUUGGUGACUGCAUGUCGACGGCUCACUGCGGAAUUCAGUCACUAUGUUAUCGCAUCGAAAUCACUGAGCAAGGUUUUCAUCUCUAUCAAAGGGAUUUAUUACGAAGCUGAAGUGAUGGGUGAGCGAAUAACAUGGGUUGUGGGUCAUGACCGAGGCAUCGGCCAUAUAACCGAAGUGGAUUUUUCGGUGAUGGCAACAUUCGCCGAGUUCUACGUAACAAUGCUCGAAUUUGUCAAUUAUCGGCUUUAUCACUCAAUUGGACUUUUCUAUCCACCGCAGAUUUCUUUCAAAUCCAAUAAGGUUGCUACUUUUUUAUUAAACAAAAAUAUUGUUGUUACUUUAGAAUUCUGUAGCACUGGACAUAAACAGAAGUAUUUUUCAACGAAAAUAUUAAACGAAAAAUUCUGA